AUGGAUCCUGAGCGGCUCAUCCCAUGCCCCUAUGACAAAAACCACCAGAUCCGAGCCUCCAGGUUCCCCUACCACUUGGUCAAAUGCGGAGAGAAUAACAAGAAAAGAGCCAAAGAGCUGGCCACGUGCCCCUACAAUGCUCGCCACAGAGUCCCAAAGCGAGAGCUCCAGCUGCACAUCUCCACCUGCACAGACAACAGGGCGCCAGAGCUGUUCAGUGGGACAUCAAUGACUUUCAGUCCCAAGAAGGAACUGAAAGAGACCCCAAGAUCCUGGCAGUGUCCCCCCUGCCAAGAGGACUGGGAGGCAGACGCAGAUGAGUCUGGUGCUACUUCUCCUUUUGUUCUUGGCUCCAAGACAAAUCACACCUUAAGCACAAGUCAAAGUCUUGGUGAGAGAGGCCAGGAUGGAAACCAGCAAAUGCAGGCCGUGAGCACCUCAGCAGCAGCGUGGACUCCAAAGGGUCACUCCUGGAGAAAUGCAGGCUCCAUGCCAGGGCUCCAGCAGAUGCUCAACCCCAUUUACGAGUCGGAUUCUGUUUCCUCCCCAGAUGGAAUUAAAGGAGGAGAAGCGAGUGUGAGCUUGGCCCAAGGGAGCGGCGCCUCCAGCCACAGUGCUGUGGCGAGCACGGUGGUGAAACAGAAGCUGGCCGAGGUAAUCCUGAAGAAACAACAGGCAGCUUUGGAAAGGACCAGCAACCCCAGUGGCCCCCCCAUGCCCUACAGAUGA